AUGAAAUCAAAAGUUUUUAAAGAUAUUACAAAAAUUUGCGGUAUUUCACGAAGCCAUGUGGAAAAUAUUUUAUCUGAAUCAGUAUGUCUUUUAGAAGUUUAUGAAAACUAUGAUGAAGCAUGUGGUUGUAAUAGCUUGACUUUUUGUUUAACAUCAUUGGUUGAAUUUGGUCAUUUUAGAGAUGAUUCAUUAACGUAUUUUGUUGAAAUCAAUAGCCAAACAACAACAAGUUUAUUUUUAGUGAUUGUUGGACCAAGUAGAAAAGAAAGUCAAUUAAAUCGUGCAAAACCAUCAAUUAUUCAUUUAUAUAUUAUACGCGGUAUUAUGGGUAAUCGAAUUCAAGCUUUUUCAUCCGAUGCAAGCAAAUAUAUUGGACCAUAUUUAAGUGCUUUAAAUUCAAAUGAGCCAUACAUCAGCAUCAAAUGUCGAGCAACAACAUCGUACGAAAAGGUUGUCGCAACGUCAAUUGUCAAAAUAAUUUUUGGACCAUCAAAAAAUUUAUCAAAUGAUUUAAUGACAGUAACAAAUAAUUUGAAAAUGAUGAUGACUAAAGAAAUAUGCAGAGAAACAGUACAUCUUUCUAUUGGUAUGUUAAUGCCUCAGCACUUCAUUUUAAUGAAUUAUCGUGUUAAUGAUAAUAAUAAUGAGACACCAACAGAAUUAAAACAUCAAACGGAAAUUUUAAAAUUACCUUAUCAUUUUUUGUUUGUUAUAAAACUACGUUAUUUAGCAAUCGAGGUGUCUUGA